UGUGUGCAUCCUUUAUUUUGCAACAGUCAGGUUGCUGAUCAGAGAUAUCUUGAGUCCUGUGAGACGCAUGUAAGUUGACAAGAGAAAGUAAGCUGCUGGUGACGUAAAGGAAAUGAUUAAUUUGGUAGUAUAGAAAAUCUAAUUUUAACCUUUUGGUUAGCUGCAUCUUGACCACAGAUAAACAGACUGAACUAGACGGAGAACGUUACAGCCAAAGCUUACAAGUAUGGAUGUCAUCUUCAAGGAAGGAAUGCUGUACCUUCAGGGGGUUAGGUUUGGAAAGGUCCCCCUUGUGCUGCCAUAACAGCUCUGACCUGUCAAGGGAAGGGACUCAGGACUUCUGGGGGUAUUUUGUGGUCACCGGCAUCUGAAUGUUGGAUCCUUUGGGUCCUGUGCAUUGAGGGUGGGGGCCUCCAGGUGGGAGGUCUCCAAUGUUGAGAAAACAUGGCGGAAAAUAAGGGUGGUGCUUUUUAAACCCAGCUCCAUGGGGGUUGGACGGUUGGAGCUCUUCACCGUACUUGACAACAAUGCUGUUACAGACCAAAAGAAGGUCGGUCGGCAGAAAACGCCAGAGAGAAAAGUUGUGCGUCUAAGCGACUGCCUCAGUAUCAAGCCUGCUCCAAAGGAGUUUUGCCCUCCUGGGUGCACAGCCUUCUACUUAAACACCACUCAGUGCAACUACACCCUGGCCUCCACAGCAAGCCAGGACUGGCUAGAUGCCCUCUGUCUCCUGGCCUUCCAGAAGGAUCCUGGAGAAUCAGACAAAGGGGUUUUCGAGAGAGGAAAUGACUUGACCAUGGAGGACAACGACCUUUACUUGUCUUGGAAAACUGAUCUGACCCUUCCUCCAAACCAGUACCAAGUGACUGUCCAGAGCACAGAGGCAUCCAGGAGGUGCCAGCUGGCGGGGGAUUAUCUGGUCUCACCGGAAAAACAUGCUGUGAUACUGUUGGCCAUCAACACUGGGCACAUCAUCUAUCGCUGGCCAUAUAUGCUGUUACGCAAAUUUGGACAAGUUGAGGGUGGAUUCAGCAUUGAAGCAGGUCGUCGCUGUGAGUCAGGAGAAGGACUGUUCAUCUUCCUGUCCAGACAUGCUCCCCAGAUUUUCCAGACUAUAGUAAAGCAGUGCUCUGUAGAGAGCAGCCCCCCUGUCCAGCCACUCAGCAUCCGCAGAAGAUCACUCAGAGACCAGUCACCUGUUAACCUCCCAACCACAACCAACCAGCCCACUGGCCCUCCUGCCUACAAUCCUGCAGAUGCUUCUGCUGACAUAGACGACGAAUCUGACAGCCACUACUCUACAAUUAAUGACACCUCUCUACUAAAGCGGCAGUCUCUUGUCAAUCCUUAUCUCUGUAACAGCAGGGAGGCUGUGGGAGAUGAAGGUGAGGAAGAGGACGAAUGGUGUCAUUCCCUGGAGGCUGUAAACCUUGAUAAUCUCAUGGAGGACAGCAUUUAUUCCAACAUAAGGAGAGCCACGCCACCUGUUACUAAAAAAGAUCUGGUCAAACCUGAGAUAGAUGAUUCCGAGUGCAUCUAUUCAAACGUGAAAAGAGAUGAUUCUCCCUUAACUCCCCAACUACAAUCUUUCUUCUCACCCCUCCCUCAGCCUGUUCCCCAGCCUCCUCCAAGCACACCUCCCCAGUUGGCUCAGUUCGCCCUACCCAAGCCCAGAUACCAGCGUCAACCCCCUGCAAAUAACAUCCCGCCAGGGUACAGUGCACAAGUACAGGCAAUGGAUGACAUGAAAGAGACAGAGGAGGCCAUCAGCUCCCCUACUCGUGCUGCUCCCACAGAGCCCCUUGGCACUUUUAAACACAGGCUGGCAGAAAUCAUUUCCAAGGACCUGGCAAAGUUCCAGCCACCUCUUCCCUCUGGUGCUGGCAGCCCCACAGUUUCUCAGUAGGCUAUUAGUUAACAGACAGACUAGAAGGAGCAAUUUUAACCCUGCCAUGCUGUCAGAAAAGCAAAUUAGUUCCUUUAUUUCUUUGAAAUCUGCAGGAAACAUUCGGCAUUUGCAAAUGUUUGUAUGUUUAUCUGUGGUGGUCCAGUGUGAGUAUAUUUACCCAAUAAACAGUAAAUGGUAACAAAAAAAGUUAAAUACUAAAAAGUACUAAAAAAUACUAAAAGUCUAUUGAAGUACCGUUUUGACACACUUGUGCUCUACUUGAGUAUUUCCAUCUCAUGUGACUUUAUGAUAGUCAAUGCUACACCACUACAUCUUAUUGCAUAUUACAUAUUGUACUUUUUACUCCACAGCAUUUAUUUUGAUGGCUGUUCCUGCUUUGCAGAAGCAGAUUGUUAUUACAAAAUAUAAUAAACCAAUAAAUCAUAAUGUAUUUUAUGGAUUAUGCUACCAGACGGUACAAAAUUACGGUUAAAAUCCUCCACCCUGUUUAAGAGCUCCAACAUUAGUGAUGCCAGCACAUUAAUGCAUCAGUGAUUGUAAUCUAAUAUAAAUUAUUCUGAAAUGAUCCAUUUUGCAUAAUGAGUACUUUUAUUUUUGGUAAUUUAAGUAUGUUUUCAUGCUAAUAAUUUUGUAAUUUUUUAAGAGAAGGUUUAAAUUCUCUUGAAUGGACUUUUUUUUUUUAGAAAAAGAUCAAUGUUAUGUUGUCUUUCACUGCUGGAAUGUCAGAGACUGUUUGCUUCAGUAUCGUCAGUGUGACAUUACCAUUAGCUGAAAAGCUGAAUGAACACUUUGAAAACGUUUCCUUGUUUCAUUCAGUGAGUUGCACAUUUCUGGAAUUAGCUUCUUCUAACGUAUGUAUUUGCUUCUAAACUCCCUUUCUUAAAGAGAGUACAAAGGGUUUUGUCAUAUAAACCAGCAGUAUGGAAAGACCAUAUUCUGUUUUGCUGUGAAUUUGUCUACUGUUUUGUGGACAUGAGUGCUCCUGUGCUUCAAAUGUUAGAACUAAUGAAAUGUAACUUACUCCGUAUAAGACAAUGUAAAGAAAUUAACAAAUAUACAAAAUCACUUAAAAUGCACAUGUUUGCAGUAUAAA